AUGAAACGAAAACAUGAAGGGGACGAGACGGACGUCUUCAAGCUUCAACUCGACAAUUCCACACAGCAACUAGAAAACACAUCUAUCCAGCAUCAGCAUCAAACAAAACGUGUCAAGCUGCUUUCUGAAGAUCUUGGAAGACCGUUAUCGCCAUGCUCAAAUUCCAGCUCAUCAGCCGCCUCUUCCAUCGCUUUCGGCCGCGGGGCUGGUCCUGAAUACUUCCAACUGGCACUGAGACUACCCUCAGGUCGACGACUCGCAAAUAUAAAAUACUCAGCAGAACGUACGCCUCUACAGAUCAUAACUGAAGUUAUUCCCGAAGCUAACCGCGCCACAAUUGCCCAUGAUUACACUGCCUUUAUAAACGAAGUUCCUAGACGUCAGCUUAUACUAGACGCACCCCUCUGGGCGCAGAACAUUCCCUCCCGGACAAUGAUUUUUAUCGAGGAGAACUAA